AUGUCGGUGUGGUACAGGUACGUGGUCAGGUUGGGGUUGGAGGGGCCUGGUGGCGCCGGUGGUGGAGGACAAUUACGGAAAGUGUGGGAUGGCCGAAAGCAGGAAAGGAAUCGCGAUGACAUCAAAAUGGCACAGCGAGGGCGGAGAUCUGAGCUCUUCUCCUCAAAUCCUCAAAAUGGUGCAGCGAGGGGAGAUUGCCAUAAAUCGAUGAGAGUGACAGUACAUGAUUACUCUUUUUUUGCUCUAGGAGAGGGUGAGGCAACUACCUAUCUCAUUGUGUACGUGGACGACAUCAUCAUUGCUGCUCCCAAACAUGAAAUGGUGGACAAUGUUAAACACAAGCUUCAAUCCAUCUUCAAGCUUAAAAUCUUGGGUGACCUUAAGUUCUUCCUUGGUCUUGAGCUUUCCUUAUCAAAAGAUGGGAUUACUCUGAGUCAACGAAAAUAUACACUCUCAUUGCUAGAGGAGACUGGUUUCUUAGGGUGCAAACCUGCCAAUACACCCAUGGAUGCUAAUAUGAAACUUAGGCUUGACGAAGGUGAUCAUAUCCCUGAUGCUUCGAGCUAUCGCAGAUUAAUUGGUCGCCUCAAGUAUCUCACUAUAUCUCGACCAGACAUCACUUUUGCUGUGGUAAAACUGGCUCAAUACAUGGAAAAUCCUCGAACUCCUCAUCUCGAAGCUGUGCACCAUGUCCUCAGGUAUUUGAAGGCAGCACCUACUCAGGGAUUACUCUUCUCAUCAAAAUCCAAAUUUCACCUCUCCAUGUACACAGACGCUGACUGGGGCAGCUGCCUCGACACACGGAGGUCCACGACCGGCUAUUGCACAUUCUUGGGAGAUUCAUUAGUAUCAUGGAAGAGCAAGAAGCAAGAUGUAGUUUCAAGGAGUUCAACGGAGACAGAGUACAGAGCUCUAGCCAACGUUGCCUGUGAAGUUCUGUCCAUCAUUUCCCUUCUCAAGUUCAUGCAUGUCGAGGUAAAUUCAGCAAUGAUUUUUUGUGACAACGUCUCUGCCAUUCAAACGGCCACCAAUCCAACUCUACAUGAAAGGUCCAAGCACAUUGAAAUUGAUUGCCACUUCGUUAGAGAAAAAGUGGCAGCAAUGAAAGGUCCAAGCACAUUGAAAUAA